AUGCAGUUUCUAAGGUGUAUCCUCAUUGUUUCUCAUUUGGCUUGUGUAUGGCAUUUGUGGAAAAAUGUGACAAAGCAAUACACAACAAACAGUGAGGUGUUGAGUCCUAUAUUUUAUUCACUAGCGAAAGCAUACAGCCAGGAUGAGUUCGAUAAAUUGAUGGAGAAGAUUGGGAAUGUUGAUAUUCGGGUAAAACGAUACCUAGAAGAUGCUGGAAGAGAUAAAUGGUCUAGGCUUUAUUCACCUGUUAAUAGAGGAUGGACAAUGACUUCGAAUAUAGCCGAAUGUAUUAAUGGAAAACUGGUUGCUGCAAGAGAGUUACAUAUUUUUGAUUUCCUUGAAGAAGUGAGGAAGAUGUUUGGUAGAUGGAAUUGCACAAAUAGAAAAAAUGGUACCUAUACAUUCACAACACUGAUGAGGCGGUAUCAAGAGAUGUUGUCGAUCAACGAGUACAAAUCAAUACGAAUGAGGGUAACUUUGUUUGCAACACAAAAAUUUAAUCUACAUUUUUACUAUAUGUAA